GUUGUUCUUUUGUUUUGAAGGUUUUGAUCUUGGAAGCCAUUUUCCUUUCACAGUGAUCUAUAUUGUUGCUCUCUGCUCUAUCAUCAGAGUGGAGCUUGAGGAGAUAUUACUGACCUGUUCAAGUAAUAGCUGUGUUAACAUACAUGCAUUUCAGGUUAUUCAGAUUUCUACUAGGCUAUUUUCUUGGUGUCUAUACAAAAUGACAGACCAGAAUGUGGUCAGGGAUGCUACCAAUUCUACUAUGGGGGAUCCUCCGAUCUUAAAUGCUUUGAUUGAUAUGUUAAAAAAUGGACAAGGACAACAAAUUACUAUUAUGGUGCAUGAGGCCAUCUCGAAAGUAACUCCAUCGAGCAUGAAUCUUGUUGGCAUGAAGGAUCCAUCUGUGCCCUCCACUACAUCUACUGUUAUGCCAGACGAUAUUUCAAGGAUUACUCCAACAAACACUAAUGUUCCUGAUGUGGGUUCAAUCAGAAUUCUCCCACCAAUAACCGAACAAGUUUCCUUAAGGAGUCUCAUAGAUUCACAAUCAAGAAUACUAAGGCUCCUACCAGAUACUCUUGAAAAUGUUCCAACCAGACAAGAAAUACUUGUACAAAUUCAGUUAUGGGAAAGGGCAUUGUUGGAGAGUGCAGGGCCUACCUCAAAUGAACAGGAAAUAAAUGACAAAGUGAUUGAUGCACCUAUAGGAGCAUCUACCUCAACCCCUAAGACUACAACAAUAUCCUCAGUGACUACAAAAGGAACGCAAGAAGUUACAAUCUUGUUCACCUCAGAAGGAAAUGUCUUGAAGGAUGAAGUGGGGUUAAAAUUUUUUCACUUUAUUUUUCGUCGUGCAAAACAAUUAUUUGGAAAUACCAUUCAAAUGGAUUGGAGGAAGCAAUCCAAUGCUAAGAAAGAGGAACUCUUUAAAGAUGUCAUAACAACAUUUGGAAAUCUUGGUUUUAAUAAGGAUAUUAUUCUUGAUAUUGCACGGAAAUACAUGCACUCUAAACGAGAUAAUUUAAGGUCGAAGCUGACAAAAGACUUGAGAUAUCCACAUCCAGCUUGGAUUACAGACCAAGUGACAUGGGAUGAACUCAUGAAAGAUGCCAAAUAUAAGAGGAAAGCCCACAAUAAUCCAAACUAUAGGCCAUCUACACGAGGAGGAUCUAAAAGACACCUUCGAGAUACAACAAAAGCAACCCAAGCUAGGGUGUCAAGUAUUGGAUCCCAUAAAUUAGGAUCUGGUAGGUAUAAUGGCAUUCAUGGUGGUUUGGUUCACCAAUUUCAAAAGGAAGCUUCAGAGGAUGACCUAAAAUAUGCUUUAUUACAUGGUUCCCAAGGCUUACGACAACAUUUGUUAGAUCGAGGGGAGAUUUUAGUGAGUGGUCAGAAUCUGAGGAAGCCCAACAAUUAAACUCAUCAGGUAGUGAGCAUCAAGAGGAGGUAGAGGAUCAUGAUGAAUUGUUUGUUGCACAAAAUGAUUCGAUUGUCAUUCCUGAAACUCAGCAGGAAACCAUCCUUGAAUUUCAACAAGUGGGAGACAACAAUAUUGAGGAGGGUGUUCAAUGUGAUGAACUAUCCACACCCACAAUCAGAAAGGUGCCUCGUAAAAAGAGGACACAAAGCAAGAGGAUGGAUAGAAACAAAUGAACAGAAGACAUAUUUGCUUCCUAUCCUUGUUCAGUUUUCAUUGCUAUUAUAAACCUAAUUUAUAUAUCAUCAUAUUUGUUUAAUUAAUUCUUGUGAAUUUAUUUA